UACCACAUCACCACACGGCGCCAUAUUAGAGACACAUUAUAUUGCAGCGGACGAAGUCAAGGAAAAGGACUGUACUCCAGAUGUAAAGGCUUCUCAGGCCGCAGUAGUCAAUUCGCAAAACACUCGAGGUGAGUGUUGUAUGGUUGACAACGAGUAAUUGAGUCAAACAUCUCGGGCAGCGUGGUCCGAGGCGUGCUGUUUUCGUCGUUGUUUCGCUGAGUUGCCGGCAGACAUGACUUCCUUGGUUCAGCGGAGCUCGGGCCUGGUGCAGAGGAGGACCGAAGCGUCGCGCAACGCCACCGACAAAGACCGUCCGGACGGCGAGGAGGACCACGAGCCCCGCCGGGGAGAAGAGACGGACGAUGACGAUACUGGAGACUCCAAAGAAACACGUCUCACCUUGAUGGAAGAAGUGCUGUUGUUAGGACUGAAGGACCGAGAGGGCUACACCUCGUUCUGGAAUGACUGCAUUUCAUCAGGGCUGCGAGGGUGCAUGCUGAUUGAGCUGGCCCUGCGAGGACGUCUUCAGCUGGAGGCGUGUGGCAUGAGGAGGAAAGGUCUGCUGGCCCGGAAGGUGAUCUGUAAGUCAGACGCUCCGACGGGCGACGUGCUCCUGGAUGAAGCACUAAAGCACAUCAAAGACACUCAGCCCCCCGAGACCGUGCAGAGCUGGAUCGAGCUGCUGAGUGGAGAGACGUGGAACCCCCUGAAGCUUCACUAUCAAUUGCGGAACGUCCGUGAGAGGCUGGCCAAAAACUUAGUGGAGAAAGGCGUCCUCACCACUGAGAAGCAGAACUUCCUGCUAUUCGACAUGACCACACACCCUCUGACCAACAACAACAUCAAGCAGCGCCUAAUCAAGAAGGUCCAGGAGGCCGUGCUGGAGAAGUGGGUGAACGACCCGCAUCGAAUGGACAAGCGGCUGCUGGCGCUCAUCUUCUUAGCCCACUCUUCUGACGUCUUGGAAAAUGCCUUCGCCCCGCUGCUAGACGACCAAUACGACCUGGCCAUGAAGAGAGUGCGACAGCUCCUGGAGCUGGAGCCCGAGGGGGAGAGCAUGAAGGCCAACGCCAACGAGCUGCUGUGGUCCGUAGUGGCCGCCUUCACCAAAUGAGGCCCCCACAGUGAGGACAGCAAGCAGUUGUGGCAUUCAAGUGGCAUUGUACUUUUGGGGAAGGAAUCAGAGCCCCCAACAUGGUGACUAGACUGAAUUACAGUCCCCCCCCACCUGGGCUUUUGGAAUGGGCUGCCCUCUUUCCUCAUCCCUCUUCUUCUGCUCUUUAUCCCCCCCCCCCCCCCCCCCCCCCCCCCUCACUUUGCUAAAAAUAAUACCUAAUGGAAUGAAGUGGUAGGGUCAUGAGGCUGAAAUCAAGAGUCAUAUCCUUUUAAUUUUCUAUCAGGUGUAUCUUUGGAACUGUUUACUGGAGGUACGGUAUGUAUGGCCCAGGUGACUCAAGGGAGUGUCCUGACACCCCCUGACAAUAAAAUAAGUGACGGAGAUGUACAGGGCGGUGAUGCUUCACAGGAAGGAAAGGGUAGCUGUCGUUAAAUGGAUAUCUUCGGUUUAAAAUCAAGUACUGUGUGGAAACUAACGUAAGAGAGGCCCUUGAACCCAUCUUUGAUGUAUACCUGCUUGUCCUCUGCAGGGGGCUGGAGACUGACACUGGCGGGCGGGCAGGGCGGGGCGGGGGGGGUGUGUGGCCACACCCUGCACAUGUCACCAGUAUAUCAUUGGCCUGACACAUAGACAGACAGCCAUUCACACUGGCAGGCAGCUUAGUUCACCUGAUCUGCAUGUCUUUUGACUGGGGGGGGGGGGUGUUGGCUGAUGCUGGCACUUGGAAAAAACCGAACUCUGCACAACUGCCUGAUGGAUUGUAUCCGAUGGCAACAGCACGACCCUGCAGGGCACCCCUACAUUCCAUUGCUGCCGGCCACUGGAGGGUGUGGAAGACGGCUGGUCUGCCUACACAUGCAUGGAUACAUACAGUCCCUGGAAUAUGGAGCGUUGACCUGUGUGACUUAACACAUACUUACACCGCAGCCCCAUUGAAUUCUGGGAAGCUAGUUUAAAAUGAAAAGCCAAAAUAUAGAGAACGUCAUUAAAACGACCCAUUUAGGGUAAAGCAGUGCUGAGAUAACUAAUUCUGAAGUUUUGCUCGCGCUGAUAGAAAUACAACGUAGGAUGAAAGGCAAAAUAGAAAAUAUUGUUAGUCUUUCUGUCAUAAAAAGAUCAUACUGUUUUAAAAAUCCUUUGGCCAGUAGUUCCUUUUUAUUCGCAAUUAAACAGGAAUUUUGACACAGGACUUGGGCUUGUAUGGAAUCUUAUCCAGAUGCACUGGCAACAUGUGUCUAAUAUUUAGCAGGUAUAUUCAGGAUUCCAGGAUGUAAUAUCUGAGGAGUGUCAUUUGAAAGCAUUCACAUCUUUGUCCGUUGUUACAACUUGUUUGAAAGUAUCAUCCAACAUCAUUUUUAUAUCUGUUAGCUGACACAAUAAGGAUGACAUUUAAAUAUUUUAGUGACAGAAGCAAACUUUGGAAACUGACCCAAUCAGCAUACAGUUGUCACUUUAUAAGUGGCUUUAAAAAUAAUCCUAAAUGAAGAUACAUGUUGAUUUUCAGCUCUUCUCCAGUACAGGGGGAGGUUCAGGAAGUGUUUCCAUGGCUUCUUCAAACAUCAUUUGAUAUAAUUCUCUUCUUUUAAACACAGAACAGUUUUAAAGUUCUGUCCUUUCUGUCUGUCCUUUCUGUCUACUACAACAAACCUCUAGCUCACAUAUUAUAGAACAUAAUCAGUUGGCUUCAGAGUUGUUGGAAGGUGUCUUUUGGACUAAAUGUAGCUGUGCUAGCAGUUCUGAGCUGAACACAUUCCCACCCAUGAUGGAUGCACAGAGCGGAAAUAGAUAUCCGAUGGUGGCAAACAAAGUGUGUUUCCUUAACUCGCAGCGAUGCUUUAAUGUGCAGACAGUCUUACUUUGCAGCUACGUGUGAAUGCUCUCAAAUUAAAUCCAUUGUAUGAACUAAAUUUGGAUUACCUAACACAGCCACCAAAGUCUAAUCAGAGGAAUCACAAGAUGGGCUCACAUUCCAGAUGUUCGUGUAUAUACUUGUGUAUUUGUAUCAGGCAAACGAUGUGUGUUUCUCAACUGCUUAACAAAGUCUAUCAUGGUACAGUGUCUUUCAAACUGUUGUUACAUAGUGCUCUAAAACAUUCAUCAAAGCCUUUUCACCAUUAACCAUACCUUGCUCUUAAUUUCUCUGCCUCAAUGUUUAGAUUUGAAUUUGUUUGAUUAUUCGGUUUUAACAAGUUUUGCUACUCAAAGACAUUGCUUUAUUACAGAUGGCCUCCCUCUGGUAUGUAUGUAGCAAAGAGCUGCGAGUGACGGUGGGAGAAGAGAAGAGGUGACCAAGAGAUUUAUGCAUCAGAAAAUCACCUCAAAAUGCAACGUGAAUAUGAGAUUAUAUAUGUUAUCUAAAUAAAGGGACCUCUAGUCUGUGUACUACUUUCUUUGACCCUAGAAAAUAAACCAAGAGCUUGGAAGUGCCUAAACACA